AUGGUGUUCGGCAUCAUCAAGAACAUCUCGGUAGAGAAAGCCUCUAUUUUUUCAUCACAUUGGGAGAUUGCUCAGAGUGGGCGGCAUGUCCCAAAGCCAUAUGUUCUCGGAACAAGGGCCUCUCAGGUAGUCAGCCUCAACUAUAGUUCUCGGCAUCACCAACUAUACUGCCUCUGGACCAGAUGCCUUGCUAGGUCUCCUCUCUUGAAUGCCCAUUCGUACCUAACACUCCUUCGGCUUCGGCAUCUGUUAAAAUUGAAUUCUCAAAAUCUCAGAGAGCGUGAUAUACUCGAGCAGGGGAACAAGGCGUUACCCAGAUCUUUGGUUGUUUCAAUUUAUGUUGAAGCUAAAUACACCACAAAUGGGUCUUCUUUCGCUUCGACAAAGGCAAUGAUAACAACCAACUUUCAUGAGGUGCUCGACGAGCUUCUCCAAGGGCUCCAAUGA